AGAAAAAACCAAAAUAAAGAUCACUCACGUUUAUUGACGAUGCAUAUAUAAAAGCGGUUGAUUUUUUGUCCUCACAGUUUCCCGUUUAUAAUUCACGACCGGCGAAAGGCUAAGUCACUUGCUCUGCUUGCGAGGUAAGAGAGAGAGUCUUCGAUCUUCUCCGAUUCGAUUCAAAGAUCAGCGAAAAUGAACGACGCAGAUGUCUCCAAGCAGAUCCAGCAGAUGGUGAGGUUCAUUCGCCAAGAAGCUGAGGAAAAGGCCAACGAGAUCUCCGUCUCUUCUGAAGAAGAAUUCAACAUUGAGAAGUUGCAGCUGGUCGAGGCUGAGAAGAAGAAAAUCAGGCAAGAGUACGAGAAGAAAGAGAAGCAAGUCGACGUCCGAAAGAAGAUUGAGUACUCUAUGCAGCUUAAUGCUUCUCGUAUUAAAGUUCUUCAAGCUCAAGAUGAUGUGGUUAACUCCAUGAAGGAGGCGGCUUCCAAGGAGCUUCUGAAUGUGAGCCAAGAUCACCAUGGUUAUAAAAAGCUUCUGAAAGAUCUUAUCAUUCAGAGUUUGCUCAGGCUGAAGGAGCCUGCUGUUUUGUUACGUUGUCGGAAAGAAGACCUACAUCUGGUGGAGGCUGUUUCGGAAUCAGCAGCACAGGAAUAUGCGGCCAAAGCAAAUGUUCAUUCACCAGAGAUUAUAGUGGACACCACUGUCUUUCUUCCACCUGCUCCUACCCAUUUUAAUCCCCAUAUUUCGUCCUGUUCUGGAGGUGUAGUGUUGGCUUCUCGAGAUGGGAAGAUUGUAUGUGAGAACACCCUUGAUGCACGGUUGGAUGUUGUAUUCCGUAAAAAGCUUCCAGAGAUCCGCAGAAAGCUCUUUGGUCAGAUUGCUGUGUAAUGGGAUGAAUUGUACGGUUUUCUUUUACCCUGAAUUAUGUGGCCUUGGAGAGAUUUAAGGACUGGUCAGUGACCACCAAAGAAUCUGUUGUCAAAUUAUUUGUUUGUGUAUUUCCCAUUUUUAUUGUGGUCCGAAUAACUUUUAUAUAUGUGCUUCCAAAAUAGCUUUAGCUGUUAUGUGCUUUGGUGUUCAUAUCUCGUCUGGGGCAUGACAAUAUGAACUCAUUCUUGUUGAUGAUGAUUUUAAUAAAAGUUUGCAGCUUAGAGUAUUUACCGGUUUUUA